AUGGGAGCGGCAGGAGGAAGGUUUACUUGGAGCGAUUCUAGUCCCAAUGAGAGAUUAGGUUGUGGUGUUUGUUCUCCUGCUUGGUUAUCGGAGUUCGGUUGCUCGGUCCUCAAUCUGCCUCCUAGUAGGUCAGAUCAUACCCCUUUACUACUAGAAGUCUGCAAAGAACAGGCUGUGAAUUGUCAGGGUCAUCGUCUAUUUAAGUUUGAAGAAAUGUGGUGUUCGCAUGAAUCCUUCUCUCAAGCUGCGGAAGAAGUGUGGGUUGUCCCACAAAUUGGAAGGCCAAUGGUACGGCUAUGUAGGAAAGUUAAAGAUACAGGGAAUUACCUAUUGGCAUGGGAUCGUACCACCUUCAAGGACCGAAGGGAGGAACUGGAAUCAGUUCGAAUGCAGUUGGAUGUCGUGCUGCAGAAACCUUUUGUCCCGGAAGACCAAGCUGUGAAACUCCAGUUAUUUAAACGUCUGAAUGAAUUGAUGUCUAUUGAUGAGACUUAUUGGCGUCAGCGGUCGAGGGCUAUAUGGCUUAAGGAGAGGGAUAGGAAUUCCAAGUUUUUCCAUAGCGGUGCCUCUAACUGA